AUGGAUCCAGAGCUUUUACGGCAACGUGCUGCUUUCCAAAAGCAUGCAGCUCGAACUGUUUCCGUACAACAGCGUCCACAAGCACAACUGCCUUCACCAUCAGCUAGCCACACAACUUAUAAUGCUGAAGCAGCAAGGAAAAAGAAGAAGGCUACCACCCAACCGACGGCCAAACCAGAAAUGGACUUCCGAACAGCGGUAUCACACAGCAAUGCCGCAAAUUUUGGAACAAUGGCCAAGAUUGUUGACUACAUGAAAAAACGACAUCUUGGCCAACAGCAAUGGCCGCUUUCCUUGCAAGAGAUAUUGGAUGAGUUGCAAGUAUACGACUUGCCGAAGAGGUCGGAGGCAUGGCUGAAAGAGGCCCUUCCGAAAAAUCCCAGGUUGAGUUGUGACGAAGAAGGAAAGUUCUCGUACAAGCCGCCUUACAAGAUUAAAGGAAAGACGUCCUUGGCUCUCGCCGACCAAAUCAUAGUCGUUCCGACGCAAGUGAACAAGCGAAAGGACAAAGUAUUCUUUUACAAUGACCAGGAACUGGAUAUACAGAUCGAAGAU